AUGGCUCGAUACUACUGCGACUACUGCGACGCCUUCCUCACUCACGAUUCAGCAACAGUGCGAAAACAACACAAUAGUGGGUUCAAGCAUAAAGCUAACGCGCGGGCGUACUACGCACAAUUUCAACUGAUUCCUCAACCAGCGAUCCGCGCCAAUAUGGCACAAGUCGAUCACAUUCAUUUCAAAGAGUCGCGCGACUAG